AUGAAGACGGAUCAUUCUUCCGGCGACCAUCCUCCCAUGUCGUCGUCCGUCACUCGCUCCGUUUCGUCGUAUCUUAAGCAGAAGUUGCAUUCCAUCCACUCUCACCUGGGCGGCGGCGGCGGUCGCAAGCUCGACGAGGAACCGGCGCCGUCGGGUUCGGGACAAGGCUCGAAACCCGGAUCUUCUGCAGCCACGGCGUGCAGCCACGCCACCGUCCUCGAGGGGUCGUGCGCCGACUGCGGCAAGACCCUCGGGGGUCGCUACGGCGGGGAUUUCGGGUACUUGGUGGAAGGGCUGCGGCUCUCGGCGGCCGAGGUCGCGGGGUACCGCAACUCGUGGAAUCUCGCGGCCACUAAGAAGCUCUGCUUGGUCCUCGAUUUGGACAACACGCUGGUGGACUCGAUCCUGGCGUCGCACUUAGCGCCGGAAGAGCAAUGCCCGCUGGACGCUGCGGAUGCGCCGUUGAACGGGACGCUCUUCGUGCUGCAAAAUUUGCCCCUGGUGACCAAACUGAGGCCGUUCGCGCUCGAGUUCCUGCGGCAAGCCGGCGACAUGUUCGAGAUGUACGUGUACACGAUGGGCAACCGGGAGUACGCGUCCACGGUCGCCCGCCUGCUCGAUCCGGCGGGGGCCUACUUCGGCUCCAGGGUCAUCUCGCGCGAGUUCAGCACCUCCUCCACCUACAAGAGCCUCGACCUCGUGCUGGCGCCGGAGAGCGCGGUCCUCAUCCUGGACGACACCGAGGAAGUCUGGCCGGAUCACAGAAGGAACUUGAUCCCGGUCCCGGGGUACAAGUACUUCGAUUUCGAGAGCGGUCCCGACGAAGGCGUAGAUUGGAAGUCGUACGCCCAGACGAAGGUCGACGAGGCCGAGGACGGGGGCGUGCUGUCGUCGAUACUCGCCGCGCUGAAGGACGUGCACCGGGAAUUUUUCGACCCGCAGUAUGGGGCGGACAAUUGGGACAACAGGGACGUGAGGAAGGUGCUGGCCGGGGUGCGGUCCAGGGUCCUGAAGGGUUGCGUGCUAACCUUUAGCAAGAUCGUGGCGUCGGGGUCGGAGUCGGGUCGGCUCCGGGCCGCGGCGGAGGAGCUAGGGGCCAAGUGCAAGGCAGGCCUCGGGUCGUCGGUGACGCACGUGGUGGCGCUGGACGGCGGAGAAGAGAGCUCGAGGUGGGCGAAGCGGGAAGGGAAGAAAUUGGUAUCGCCGGAUUGGUUAUGGGCUGCUUAUUAUCACUGGCGGAGAAGGCCGGAAGAUGAAUUUUCAGUGUCAUCGGAAAGUUAG